AUGUGCAAGUAUUUUGCUGCAAGUUUAGCAGGUGAAUCUUUGAAGUGGUUUGAAGGACUACCUGUAGAGUGCAUUAGUUCGUUUCAUCAUUUACAAAACAUCUUUUUGGGGCAGUACAUAAGUAAUAACCUAUCAAGACCGGGGCUUGAAACUGCAUUUGGACUUCGCAGAAGAACAAAUGAAAGCUUACGUCAUCUAACGACUCGCUGGAGAACAAUGUGUAUGGGAAUGGGAAGGUGGGUGGACGAGAGACAUCUUAUUCUUGCAUUCAUUAAUGCUCUCUUUGCAACAGACCUAUUGUACACCCAAAUUUUCAGAGUAAAUGAUACAAUUACAAUGUCGGAAUUACGCGAAUUUCAAGAAGAAUAUAUAGCCCUCGAGGAAAAGCAAAGAGACAUGAAAUCUUACCCAGUUGCAAUAUCAGAUUCGAAAGGUGGAAAUACAAGCUUACUUCCGAGACUCACAAAUGCUGUUGCGAGUACAUCGCAGAGAAAUCAAGGAAGGAGUAAUGCAGAAAUGGAACAAAAGUUAGUGGCUAUGGGCAGUGCAGAUCAAGCAGAGUUUGAAAAAGAGUACAUAGACAAACAACUUCAAAAAUAUGGAAGUAAUGAUACAGUUCAGCCAGAACCACAUAAUGCAGGCGAAGAGCCACCACCAGGGAGGAGGAGUAAAGAAUUUUGUGUCUAUCACAGAUUCCAUGGUCAUACAACAAGUAACUGCAUAAAUGUGAGGAAGAUUAUAUUGCGAAUGAUCGAGCAGGGGAAGUUGGACCACUUUCUACUAAAUCAAACAGGAAAUUUACCACCACCACCAUCUCAAGGAAAUAAAUAUGGAAAGGAAAUGAAUAGGAACACAUUUGUUAUUGAGGUGGAGUGA